AUGAACACUGCAAGAUCAGAGAUGGACGCUAAACUGAACAUAUCCGUGGAGACUCUGCUGGCCUCUAUUCAGCAUCUAUCUCAAAAGGAGAAGAUACAUUUAUUCGACCUCAUGGGUGUCACGAAUGAGGAAGAUCUGAAUUAUUUAGUUCACGGAAUAGGAGAAGACCAAUUGGCUCUACAGUAUCCAGAGUACCGUGUUCACAAAAUUCUAUUGUUAUACAUACCGCCAAUUCUUUUAAUACUUGGCACCUUUGGCAACAUAUUCUCAUUCCUGAUCAUGCGUCAUAAAGCCAUGACGCGCUUGUCCACCUACAUAUUCCUAGCUGCUUUGUCAGUAGCCGAUUCUAUGGUGUUAUUGAUCGGAUUAAUGCGGCAGUGGCUCGGGGAACUCACAGGUUAUGACAUCAGAGACCAGGCUAACUGGUUGUGCAAGGCUACAAUUAUCCUAGGAUAUAUUUCCAGUAACACGUCUGUCUGGAUCAUUGUCGCCGUAACCAUAGAGAGAUACAUUGUUGUUUGCUGUCCUUUGAAAGCCCAAAGAUUCUGUAAUGUAGCUCGGGCUAAAAAAACCAUAAGUGGACUUGUUGCCAUUUUCCUUGUCAUUAACAUUCAUUUUGCAUGGACCGUUGGCUUAAACGAAACAGAUAUUCGGGACAAUCUUCUUCCGCAAUGUGACGCAAGUGCUGGUCAUCAGUUUCUUGUAUCAGUGGUUUGGCCGUGGGUUGACGCCCUCAUAUACUGUUUCCUUCCUUUCAUCAUUAUCAGCAUAUUUAAUAUCCUCAUCAUCUGCAAAGUUGCACGUGCGACCAGUGGGAGGGAAAGUUUACAAAACGGUUGUCUGAAACUCAGGAACAGAAGCAAGGGAGACAACAACCUACGCUUGACAAUCAUGCUCCUGACUGUAUCCUUCACCUUCCUUCUCACCACACUCCCAAUGAACAUCAGCAGUAUUGCCUCAGACUUUUGGAAUACCAAUGGGCACGAUAACGCAGUCAUGUCCAAAUUCCGUCUGGUCCGCACGAUAUCACAGCUGCUCAUGUAUCUUAAUCACUCCAUCAACUUCUUCCUGUAUUGCGCAACAGGACAGAAAUUCCGCAACGAGGUCAUCAGAAUGUUUUGUGGUAAAAACAAUAACACUUUGUCUUUCGCCGACCACAGCCAGCACCUAUACUGUUCCAGAGGUUGUCCCCACGUCAGCAAUGCAUACGUUGACACCAGGAAGAGCACGGACGAGACAGAGAUGUAG